AUGGCUAUACUGUACUUUACGUCAAAGUCACCAUCUUCUUCAUUCUUUAGUUGUAUGCGUUGCAGUUAUGAGCUACCGAUAUCUUCUCGCUUCCAUAGGUCAACGGUUUACAAGCAAUUCCAGAAAGAGGUACCACACUCCCCUAAUAGUACAAACGAGUUCGAACACGCGCCAAAGAUCAUAGCUGUAUGCCCAUCUUGCCACAACAAGGAAGCUUAUUUCAUGAGCAUUCAAACACGCUCCGCAGACGAGCCUAUGACUCAAUUUUUCGUUUGUACGGCUUGCCGCCACCGGUGGAAGGAAUAG